CCUCCCCUCCCAGAGGAAACCAUUGGCUUCCCGGAGAGUGAAGACAUAUCCGAAAAGGGAAGGCGAGAACUCAAGAUUGGCGCCGGGCAGGAUUUGGUGAAAAGGUUUAAGAUCUGGGAUAUUGCGGUGCUGUUGCAAGCUCGAGUUGACUAUGGAUCUGGAGAAGCCUUCUGUUUCUGUUUGGGGAUCAUUCAAGCAAAGGACAAAGCCAUUAUUACAAAAUCUGAAUAUCAGAAGGACUAAGAAGACCACAACCAAGGUGGUGGAGAGAAGGCAGAGGCACCCCUUAGACCGGCGACUUAGUUCUUCGGUGCCCGACAUGCUGAAUGUAGAAACUGUUAUUGAAGAAGAAACAAGUUAUUCCCGUUCCAAAGCCCUGUCCACUUACUUUCCAAGUGACUUUUCUGCAACAGAAGUGUUCCUCCAUAACACAAAUGACUCUUCCUUGAAACAAACUGGAGAGGAAUGGGAAGGGGGCCAAAAGGAGAUGGCACAUUUGGAAAGAGGGGAGAACGACACAGGGAAACCGGUCAUCUGCAUCCAAAGUUCAGAAGCCAAGCGGAAUUCCAGUGAUGAUUUUUUUGAUCUGCUACAAAGAAGUAGUUUUAGCAGUGACCUUGCAGAAGAUGCUCUUGAGCAUUCUUACAGUGGCUCCAACCUUGACUCAUCGUAUUCCUCACAGGGAUUUGAUGGCCAGUGUGCACUUGAGGAAGGAAGUGAUUGCGUGAGUAAAUUGCCCAGUUCAUUUGCAUAUCUGUUAACGAUACAUCUAAAAGAAGGCAGGAAUCUAGUCAUCAGGGAUCGCUGUGGUACAAGUGAUCCAUACGUGAAAUUUAAGAUGAACGGCAAGACCCUCUAUAAAAGCAAGGUUGUCUAUAAGAACCUGAAUCCUGUGUGGGAUGAAACAGUUGUGCUUCCCAUCCAAACCCUCGAUCAGAAACUCCGCGUGAAGGUAUAUGACCGAGACUUAACUUCAUCUGACUUUAUGGGUGCAGCAGUUCUAACUCUGGGUGAACUGGAGCUCAACAGGACUUCUGAGAAGGUCCUCAAACUGGAAGAUCCAAAUAGCUUGGAGGAUGACAUGGGAGUGAUAGUGUUGGAUCUGAAGCUUGCUGUGAAGCAGGGAGAUAUUAAAAGAAAUAAGUGGGUGAGCCGAAGAAAACGCUCAGUGCCCAAGGCAAGCUUCAUGCGAACUUCUAGGCUGGAAGAUUCUUUACAAAAAAACCAACUGUGGAAUGGAACCGUUACCAUUGCUUUACUGGAAGGGAAGAAUAUCCCUGCUGGGGGGAUGACACAAAUGUUUGUCCUGUUAAAAAUGGGAGAUCAGAAGUAUAAAAGCAAGGUGACUCUGUGUAAGAGUGCAAACCCACAGUGGAGGGAACAGUUUGAUUUUCACUACUUCUCUGACAGGAAGGAUGUGUUGGAGGUUGAAAUCUGGGGAAAGGAUAACAAAAAGCACGAAGAAGUCUUGGGAAUGUGCAAAGUAGAUAUUGCUGCACUCCCUGGCAAACAAACAAACUACUUGGAAUUGCCGGUGGAGAAACAACCAGGAUCCUUGUUGAUAGGCAUCUCCGUUGUGCCUUGCUUGGGCGUUUCUAUCUCUGAUUUGUGUGUUUGUCCCCUGGCAGAUCCCACUGAGAGGAAACAGAUCUCCCAACGUUAUAGUGUAAGAAGCUCAUUCCAGAACAUAAAAGACAUCGGAUUUUUGCAAGUUAAAAUUUUAAAAGCUGUUGAUCUCUUAGCUGCUGAUUUUUCAGGCAAAAGUGAUCCCUUCUGUCUGUUGGAGCUUGGGAAUGACAGGCUUCAGAGUUAUACGGUUUAUAAAAACCUCAAUCCGGAGUGGAACCAGGUCUUCACUUUCCCUGUCAAAGAUAUCCAUGAUACCCUUGAAGUGACUGUGUUUGACGAAGAUGGAGACAAACCUCCCGAUUUCCUAGGAAAGGUUGCCAUCCCUUUGCUGUCUAUUAGAAAUGGUCAGCAAAGUUGCUACACGCUGAAGAAUAAAGAUCUAGAGCUUCCUUCCAAAGGUGUAAUCUACUUGGAGCUGGAUGUCUUAUUUAAUCCUGUAAAAGCAAGCAUCAGAACAUUUUCUCCACGUGAGAGACGGUUUCUGGAAGAUAAUCGCAAGUUUUCCAAGAAGAUCUUAUCGAGAAACGUUGAUCGUGUGAAAAGAAUCACCAUGACAAUCUGGAACGCAAUACAGUUUCUUCGAAGCUGCUUUCUUUGGGAAUCUCCCGUAAGGAGCGUGAUGGCAUUUGUGGCUUUUUUGGUCACGGUGUGGCAUUUUGAGCUGUACAUGGUUCCCUUGGCUUUGUUGUUGCUGUUUGCGUACAAUUUCUCCUUGAUCACGCCAGAGAAAGCCACCAGCAUCCAAGACCCUCAGGACUGCAUCAUUUUAGAUGAGGACGAAGAUGACGACGACAAGGAAUCCGAAAAAAAGGGCUUAAUAGAAAGAAUCCACAUGGUUCAGGACAUCGUUAUAACCGUUCAAACUAUUUUGGAGGAAAUUGCAUCUUUUGCGGAGAGGAUAAAAAACACAUUCAACUGGACAGUUCCGUUCCUCUCUGCCUUGGCUUGUUUAGUCCUUGCGGUAGCAAUGAUCGCCCUGUAUUACAUACCGCUAAGGUACAUCGUUUUAAUCUGGGGCAUAAAUAAAUUUACGAAAAAGCUCCGGAAUCCCUAUGCCAUUGACAAUAAUGAGCUCCUCGAUUUCCUCUCCAGGGUGCCGUCAGAUGUUCAAAGGGUGCGACAUGCUGAAUUGAAACCAUGCAGCGGUUCCAAUCCCAUUAGGAAGAAACGGAGCGCUUUGUAGGAUGCUGAGUUUGGAAUGUGGCAUUCUCCGGCACACACACACACACACAUCCUUAUGUUCACGAUGCUGUGUUCACUGCCUCUUAUCCUGGAUGUUUUGUCUGUAAAGACAUAUGUAAAAUUCCCCAGUUCCAAAUUAA